AUGAAGGCCCUCGUUUACCUUGUGUUCUUCAUUCUGACUUUCGACGGUUCUCGAGCCUUUGACCACGACUUCAAAUACGGCAAAUUUCCUGAUGGGUUUUUGUGGGGCGCUGCCACUGCUGCAUAUCAAAUAGAAGGCGCCUGGAAUGAAGAUGGAAAAGGACCCAGCAUAUAUGACAUCAUCACCCACACUGUGCCUGCCUUGUUCCACAACAAGACCGGAGAUGUGGCUUGCGACAGCUACCACAAGUACGAGGAAGAUGUCAAGAUUUUGAAAGACUACGGAGCCAAAGCGUACCGCUUUUCUAUUGCAUGGAGUCGUGUGCUUCCCAAUGGAACAACUGAUCAUGUAAACAACGCCGGAGUUGAGUAUUAUAAAAGACUCAUUGCAGAACUAAGCCGAAACAAAAUCGAGCCGCUUGUGACUUUGUACCACUGGGAUCUGCCGGAAGUCUUUCGAGCGAUCGGCGGCUGGACCAAUCGAAGCAUGAUUGACUACUUUCACGACUACGCACGAUUUUGCUUCAAGACAUUCGGCGACCAGGUCAAGUACUGGAUCACGCUAAAUGAGCCCGCGAUCGUCAUGCUACGUCAUCCUCUGUACAUGUAUGGAAACAUAAAGAAUAAAACCAAGUUAUCGAUUCUUCGGUAUCGCACAGCUCAUAAUCAAAUUCUUGGCCACGCUACAGUUUAUCGAACCUACGAGAAGAAUUAUCAAGCACAGCAGGGCGGAAAAGUGACGCUUUCCUUGAGUUCUGGUUGGGCAGUUCCCAAGACUAACUCUGUCCGAGACAAGGACGCCGCUGACCGUUACAUGCAAUUUCAUCUCGGCAUCUUCGCUCAUCCCAUAUUUGUAAACGGAGAUUACCCGGAUGUCGUUAAAGACAUCGUGGGAAAACGCAGCGCGGCUGCUGGGAUUUCUAGUCGUUUGCCCAGCUUCACAGAGGAGGAGAAAAACAUCGUAAAAGGAAGCUACGAUUUGUUUGGACUAAACCACUAUUCCACUGAUAAAGUGGCAGACAAACCCAGUGGCGACGAGCUGUCAAUUAACGGCGACGAAUCGUUCACGAAGAGCGGCGAUCCCGCGUGGCCUGACUGGUACAAUGGUCAUGUAGCUCCCUUUGGAUUCCGCAGGCUGCUGAAGUACAUUAAGGAUAACUACAAUAAUCCAACCAUUAUAGUUACUGAGAACGGAGUAGCACCUCCUGGUGAAGCCAGCAAAACCGGCCAAAAUCGGUUGAACGACACUUUCAGAGUGGAUUAUCACAGGAGG